AUGAAAUUUAUCGCUGUCUUCGCUGCCAUCUUGGCCGUCGCCGCCGGAGCCCAGGUCUCCUGGACCGUGACAGAAGUGUCUGCAGCUUUACAGGACCCCAACACCCAUCCAGCUCUCAUCCCGUUCCUAGAGCAAGCCCUCAAUGAGAUGAUGCAUGCGAUCGACGCUGGAUACCCUGCUCAUGCUGUCCAAGUAGCUGUACCCGUUGUUUCCACAUGGACCCUCCAAGAACUUGACGCGGCUCUGAAUGACCCUACCACCAACCCAGCACUGAUUCCUUACUUGGAGCAUGCUCUCAACGAGAUCAUGGAUGCUAUAGUAUCAGGACAGGACAUUGCAGCUGUUCCUGUUUUAAUUCCUGCCGCCCUUGCCCCCGUGGAGGCAGAGACUCCCAUCAUGCCCGUACCGGUACCUGCUCCAAUUGUUAUACCUGGCCCCAGCCCAGCGCCGGUACCUGCUCCAGUUGCCAACCCCGAUCUCAGCCCAGCGCCCGCUUCCUCCAGUCCCUUGGUGCAGAUCAUCAUCAACAUCAACAAGCAAGAACAGGCCGCUUCUCCCGCGAUCCAGGCUCCCGAAAUCACCCCCACUCCCGUGUCAGUAGUCGAGCAGGCUGAGGACAACUCCUUCAACCCCGUCGACUUUAUCCUUCCCGGUGGCGUCGCUAUUAACCCCAUCGUUCCUGAACCAGUAGUCGGACCCAUCGUUUAA